GCUCCUCUAUAAAAACCACCAGAUUACACACAAAAAAGAAAAAAGAAAACGCAUAAUCAAUUAUGGCAUCUCAAGGCUAUCCAGCGAUAGGCCUCUUAGUUCUUCUUGGCUUAUUGACUAAUGGCAUUGCUGUUUCACAAAGUCAUGACACUGCUUCACUCAACCGAACCAGUUUUCCCAAAGGUUUUAUUUUUGGGACAGCAACAGCGGCUUAUCAGUAUGAAGGUGCAGCAUUUGAAGAUGGUAAAGGACCAAGUAUAUGGGACACUUACACUCACGAACAUCCAGAAAGGAUAAAGAAUAGAAGCAAUGGAGACGUCGCUGUCGAUCAAUAUCAUCGCUACAAGGGAGAUGUUCGACUUAUGAAAAAGAUUGGCUUAGAUGGAUACAGAUUCUCAAUCUCAUGGUCUCGAGUAUUGCCAAAAGGAAAACUAUCUGGAGGUGUGAAUAGGGCAGGAAUCAAAUACUACAACAAUCUAAUCAACAAGCUCCUAGCCAAUGGCAUACAACCCUUUGUGACUCUCUACCACUGGGAUCUUCCCCAGGCAUUGGAAGAUGAGUAUGGUGGUUUUUUGAGUCCUCAUUUUGUGGAUGAUUUUCGGGAUUAUGCUGAGCUUUGCUUUAAAGAAUUUGGUGAUCGUGUCAAGCAUUGGAUCACACUAAAUGAACCACUGAGCCAAGCCUCUGGUGGUUAUGCUGAUGGGCUUAUCGCACCGGCUCGGUGUUCUAGUUGGCAAAAGUUAAAUUGUACCGCUGGAGAUUCCGGGACAGAGCCGUAUUUGGCGGCACAUCAUGAGAUUCUUGCUCAUGCAUCCGCUGUUGAAGUGUACAGAAAAAAGUAUCAGAAAAUACAAAAAGGCAUUAUGGGUAUAUCCCUAAAUUCAAACUGGUAUGUACCAUUCUCUAACUCAACGCACGACCGUGAAGCUGCGCAAAGAUCCCUUGAUUUCAAGUUAGGAUGGUUUAUGGAUCCCCUAAGCACUGGUGACUAUCCACAUAGUAUGCGAGCUCUUGUUGGUGACCGGUUACCCAAAUUCACGAAAGAACAAUCCGAGCUAGUAAAAGGGUCAUUGGAUUUUCUGGGGCUAAACUACUAUAGUUCUAAAUAUGCUUCCAAUUCACAUCGCCGCAAUCCUGGAAACGCAAGCAGUUACUUGACAGAUUCUCAUGCUGAUACUUCUCCUUUUCGCAAUGGGAUCCCCAUCGGACCAAGGGCUGCUUCAGAUUGGAUCUAUGUCUAUCCAAGAGGACUUCGAGACAUUCUAUUAUACAUAAAGAAAAAGUACCAUAACCCGCUAAUUUUUAUUACCGAGAAUGGAACUAAUGAGUUCAAUAAUGCUUCAUUGCCGCUUAAGGAAGCCCUAGAUGACAGCUAUAGAAUUGAUUAUCACUAUCAACAUUUUCAGUAUCUGCUUAGGUCUAUCAAGGAUGGUGUUAAUGUACAGGGAUAUUUUGCAUGGUCAUUUUUGGACAACUUUGAAUGGGGUGCAGCUUUCACCGUUCGGUUUGGCAUUGUCUAUGUAGACUAUGAACAUGAUUUGAAAAGAUAUCCGAAGUUGUCUGCACGUUGGUUUAAAAAAUUCCUCAAGAAAUAAGACGACAAAUUUAUGACUAUGCUCAUGUUGAACUAUAUGGUAGCAAUAUGCCAUCUCAAAAGAUAGACUUGAAGAUCAUUUCUUCUCUAUUCUAAAUACUGUAUGCAAUUAAUAUGUCUUCAAUAAAUUAAAUAAAAUUAAAUUAACGCCA